AUGUCUGACUCCUUGACCUCAACCAAUUUAAACAACAUCUUGCCGCUUGUCGCUAAGGGCAAGGUGAGAGACAUCUACCAGUCAACCUCCGACUCCUUGUUGUUUGUUGCUACCGAUAGAAUCUCCGCGUACGAUGUGAUCAUGACGAACGGGAUACCGUCAAAGGGGAAGAUCUUGACCAAGCUCUCCGAGUUCUGGUUUGACUUCUUGAAGCCAACCAUCCCAAACCACCUUUUGGCCAAGACCGACGCCAUCUUCGAACAGUUGCCUAAGGAAUUGUCUGAACCCCAGUACAAGACUCAGUUGGAAGACCGUGCGUUGCUUGUGAAGAAGUUGAGAUUAGUGCCGUUGGAGGUUAUUGUUAGAGGCUACAUUACCGGCUCCGCAUGGAAGGAGUACAAGAAAGAGGGCACCGUCCAUGGGUUGACCGUGCCCCAGGGCUUGCAAGAGAGCGAAAAGUUCGCAAAGCCAAUCUUCACCCCUUCUACAAAGGCCGACCAGGGUGAGCAUGACGAAAACAUUCACCCGGACCAGGCAGCGGAGAUUGUCGGGAAGGAAUUGGCGGACAAGAUCGCUAAGAUUGCCAUUGAGUUGUACACCCGCGCACACGACUACGCCCUCACCCGGGGCAUUAUCAUUGCCGACACCAAGUUUGAGUUUGGGUUGGACGAAGGGGAUAACUUGGUCUUGGUGGACGAGGUUUUGACACCCGAUUCCUCCAGAUUCUGGAACGCAAAGACCUACGCCGUCGGCCAGUCCCAAGACUCCUACGACAAGCAGUUCUUGCGCGACUGGUUGACCUCCAAUGGGUUAGCGGGCAAGGAUGGUGUAGCGAUGGACUCUGAAAUCGCCGCCAAGUCUAAGGAAAAGUACGUCGAGGCGUACGAGUCUUUGACCGGUGAAAAGUGGGUUUAG